ACGUCAGGCUGAACCAAACUCUCGCGAGAUUUGAAGUAUUCCACCGUUAAUAAAUACAGCUGUGUAUGAAGUGACAAACCAGAUUCAGUUGGAUGUUAAACUACUGUCUGUCGGUGAUCUAACUACGCAGAAGAAAAAACAGGAAUUUAAAUGGCGUCGAUGGAAGUUGUUCCGAGUCAGAGUGUGGUGACCAGGGUGGUCAGCCUUCCUUUGGUGAGCUCCACCUAUGAUUUGGUGUCCAAUGUGUACUGCAACACGAAGGACAAUCACCCGUACCUCCGAUCUGUGUGUGAGGUGGCUGAGAUGGGGGUGAAGACUAUUACGUCUGUGGCCAUGUCCAGUGCCAUGCCCUUCAUUGGCAAGCUGGAGCCCCAGCUUGCCAUUGCGAAUGACCUUGCGUGUAAAGGUCUGGACAAGAUUGAGAAGUCCUUGCCAAUCCUUCAUCAGCCAUCAGAGCAGAUUGUUGCCAAUGCUAAGAAUGUAGUGACUGGAGCCAAGGAGGCAGUGGCAGUCACUGUAGGUGGAGCCAAGGAUGGUGUGUCCCACACCCUCACAGGGGUGAUGGACAAAACCAAAGGGGCAGUACAGGAUAGCAUGGAGAAGACUAAGGCCAUGGUCAGUGGUGGUGUCAACACGGUGAUGAGUAGCCGUGUGGCUCACCUGCUGAGCACAGGAGUUGACGCGGCACUCAGCAAGUCAGAAACCCUGGUGGACCAAUAUCUUCCACUGACUGAGGAGGAGUUGGAAACGGAAGCUAAAAUGGUGAAAGGGUUUGAUGCAACCCCCCAGAAGUCCAGCUAUUACAUACGACUUGGGUCACUUUCUGUCAAGUUGCGCAAGAGGGCCUACCAUCAGGCCAUAGAAAAGGUGCGAGAUACUAAACAGAGAAGUCAGGAGUCUAUCUCGCAGCUACGUAAUACUGUGGAUCUGAUUGAAUAUGCACGAAAGAAUGUGGACGAUGCCAACCAGAAGCUACAUGAGAAGUUCAGCUCUUGGGUUGAAUGGAAGUCAGAUGAGCAGAGUGAGGGAGACUGGAAUGAAGCAGAGCACAUUGAAUCUCGCACCCUGACCAUUGCCCGGAACUUGAGCCACCAGCUCCAGACCACAUGCCUCACCCUGGUUUCCAGCCUUCAGGGCCUCCCCCAGAAUGUGCAGAACCAGGCGCUGUCUGUGGCACGCUCGGCCUCUGAGGUCUAUGACCAAUUUAGCAAGGCCCCCACCCUUCGCGAUGUCUCUGACAACAUGCUGUCCAGUAGCAAGGCACAGCUGGGCAAAAUGAAGGACUCCCUGGAUGGUAUCAUGGACUAUCUGGUCAACAACACGCCCCUCAAUUGGCUGGUAGGUCCUUUCUACCCACGGAUGACCCCGCCUCCCUCCAGCUCUCAGGCAGUUGGACAGAAAGAGACCCCACCUACAAAUAUGGAAAUGAAGCCAUUGGACUCUAACAACUAAAUGCCUUCUGCAUUUGUCAAAGCCUCGCUUAAUCUACCUUAUUCCUGCACUAAAUAUAGCAUAAAGCAAAUGUCACAGUAGUAUUUCAGAACAUUCCAUUACCUUUGAAGCUAGCUGACACCAAUUUAAUAGCUCAUAGCGGGUACUCGUGACUACGUGUGUCUGGCUCGUGUCUUGUUUAAUGCAUAGAAUUAACAAAAUGCAGAAUUUCUCAUGGGUGCAAUUAGCAUUUUUGUAUGAAAUUGGCAUGCCACAUUGUAUUAACUUCCACUGUAGGUUUUGUAUGACUUUCAUAAUAAAGAAGGAAGUAUGUUAGUA